AUGCUCCUAGCGAGACCAGGAAUCGCCAACACGACUGCGUUUUCUGCAGGAUUAGUCGUGGGGAAUCCCCUGCUUUUAAGGCACUCUCUUAUUAUCCCAAAGUCUCACUUUUCUUCCUUGGAAGCCACUCCUCCAUCUGUGGUAGCAGCAAUGUGUUCAAAGGUGCCUUUAAUUGGUAAUGCAAUCAUGAAAGCCACUAGUUCUGGUAUGUAUCCAACAUUCUUUACUGCUAUUUUAACUCCUUCUGCCCUCAGUCUUUCUGCUUAUCCAUGUCCUUUCCUUCCUACAUUACAUGCUUCAAUUGUCAAGAAUGUUGUGGAGAAUACGCACAUCCACAUUAUCCCGCGUAAGGCAUGUGACUGCUUAUGGACCACUGAGAGUUUGCAAAGGAAUCCCCUGAACUUUGACCAGGAAGCUUCUCGACUUGUCAAUUGUGUUCGAGAGCAGUUAUCAAAUAUCUCUGAGGACAGCAAAGAAAAAGCCACGAUUAUCGACAUCUUGUGCCCCCACAACUAUACGGAUAGUUUUGUCUACGUUCAGGGUGGACUGGAUAAGAUCACAGUCAAUCCGCGUUAG